CGGACGAUCAAGUGGUCGAAUUUGACUAGCUGUGAAAAUUUACGAGUUAACAAAGUAGGGGAACCAAACGCCCCAACUACGAUUCAAGUUUGAUAAUAGUCGUAAGAGUUUCUAAGCAAUGCAAAGGCGUCCAAGAAAUCCUGGAUUUGGGGCGCGUCAGGCCUCCACUCAAGAAAAAACAGCUGAUGUUGCAGAAGCCCUUUUGCGUCAAGCAAGAAAAUCAGGACAGCUAAAUCUCUCCAACCGAGGGCUAACCAAGGUACCUGACAAGGUAUGGAGGGUGAAUCUGGAUGUACCGCCUGAGGCGAUGAACGUGUCACUGGAUAGUGCAGAGGACGAUAAAUGGUGGGAACAGAUCGACCUUAGCAAGCUUAUCUUAGCUUCCAACAAGUUAACUGAGGUAUCACCAGAGAUUGUACAGUUGCCUGCUCUAGCAGUUUUGGAUAUCCAUGAUAACUGUUUGACUUCUUUACCUGAUGAGAUUGGUCAGUUAGUGAACCUUAAAAGACUCAACUUAAGUCACAACAAGCUGUCUUCCCUUCCAGUUUCAUUUGGAAAUCUUGUUAGUUUAUCAUCUCUGAAAUUGGAUCAUAACAGUCUCACUUGUCUGGGAACAGAUCUGAGACAGAUGAAGCAGUUAGAAGAACUGGAUUUGUCAGAGAAUUCUCUCAGUGAGAUUUCUCCUUCCAUUGGUAGCUGUCAAAGUUUACGGCAUUUAAACUUGUCUCAAAAUUCCUUGGAAAAGCUGCCUCUCGAGAUUGGAAACCUGCGUGCAUUAAAAGACAUGAACCUCAGUAAUAACAAGUUUCAUGAACUUCCAAAAGAACUUGGAAGGUUAAGUAAUCUUGAAAGAUUGGAUUGCCGUCACAAUCAACUCACUGGUGUGCCAUUAUUGAUGUCUUGUCAAUCCCUAAAGGAACUUUAUCUUGGCAACAACAAAAUAAACAGUUUGAAUGGUGAAAGUUUCUCCUAUGUCACCUCAUUGUCAAUAUUUGAUUUCAGGGACAACAGAAUUAGCAUUAUUCCAGAUGAGAUCACUGUGCUUAAAAAACUGGAAAGACUUGACUUAGCAAACAAUGCCAUUUCUGGUCUUCCAUACACAAUGGGUGCUAUGGAACAUCUGAAAUCUCUAGUUCUGGAUGGAAAUCCUUUGAGAAGUUUGCGCAGAGAUGUUGUUAUGAGAGGUACACAAGCCAUUUUGAAGCAUCUCCGUAGUCGCAUCCCAGAGGAGGAAAAACAACAAGAUGCUACAGAUGCUCCUGUGACAUCCUUACCAGUGAGCACAGCCAUACCAACCACUUCAAGCGGACUGGACAUGCACACAAUCAGUAGCACAAAAACCCUUAACUACAGCAACAAGAAGGCAGUCAACAUUCCUGAUGAAGUUUUGGAUGCAGCUACUUCAGCAGAAGUGACCACUCUGAACCUCAGCAAGAAUGUACUGAACAAAGUACCAGAGAGGUUGCUCUUGUUAAGUAAAUCUCUUACAGACCUGAAUGUAUCAGUGAACAAGAUAACCAGUCUGCCAUCAGAUUUUGGCUGUUUAACAAAACUUUCUUCAUUAGAUUUGAGCAAUAACCAGUUGAGUCAUCUGCCUGACAGCUGUGACAGACUGAGCAGUCUUAGGGAAAUAAAUAUCUGUAAUAACCGAUUCUCAAACCUGCCUUCUGUUCUGUACUUAUUAAGAACCUUGGAGAUUAUCUUGGCUAGUGGUAACCAGAUCCAGAUUAUUGACGUUGACAGCUUGCUGUCGAUGACGGCUCUUUCCACGUUGGACUUGCAAAACAACAACAUCGCUCAGGUUCCACCUCAGCUUGGAAAUGUUACACAAUUAAGGUCAUUACAGUUGGAAGGGAACCCAUUCAGAAACCCGAGACCAGCUGUUCUUUGCAAAGGAACCCAGGCCCUCCUCGCCUAUCUAAGAGAUCGGAUACCCACGUGACAUACUUGAAUGGACACCACGGACUGGAGG